UGGGGGGGGGGACCCUCCGCACCUGCGGGGCGCCAGGCUCGCGGACGUGCACCGCCCUCUCCUUUCCUGCUGGUUUUGGACUUUGAUGCUCCAAAGAGCCCCCUGCAGAAGCCGGGGAACCUCCAGGCCCUUGGCCUGACUCCGGUUCGCUGCAGCUGGAGGAGACAAGAGUCUGCCUUUUCAGGCCCCCCAUCCCCCACCGCCACGUCCACUUUGAGAUAAGACGACUAGAGUAGCCUGGGACCCGCUGCCCGAAAUGCGGGCGCCCCUGGGUCUGGAGAGAGAGAAAUCCAGCGGAAAACGCGGUGCGGGCGGCGCGAAGCCUGCGCAUCCGCGCACACCUGUGCCGGGCCACGCGGACCUACCUGGGCGGCGAAUGCAGCUAGCCCGUUGACGGAUCGGUUGCAUUUAUCACCAGCAAAAGUCCAGUGCUACCUGGGGAGAACCUGAAGUUCUCAUUUGAGACAUCUCGUUUGAAAUUUCUCGUUUGAAAAUGUAAUUGCGAAAGAGGAGGGGAAAUCUACUCAGCUUUAUGUUGUGACUGAUCAGGUCUUGAGUUUUCAUGUCGAAGUUCUUUAUUAUUUUAGAGCUUCUAAGUUUUCAGGGAUCGUUUAAGGCAGAUGGUGGGGGAAAAAAUGCAUCAUUGUUCACGGCUGUGUAAAGCAACAUUGAAAAAUGACAGUUUUUCCAGUUUCCUGUUUGCAGAAAGAGAUUGAAAUAAGGUUACUAUGUACCAGUACGCAAGUCUAAGAUAAGUUAUUUAAUGGUUGCAGGAAGGCUCUGUCCAUUUAGUGUAAAUCAUUCUUCCUGAAAUAUCUCUGAAAAACCGGUUCCCCUGGAUUUUGAAACUGCCGUCUUAUAAAUGCAGUUGCAAGUUGAUAUUAUAUGUAAUAUCAGAGAAAACCAGCGGUGCUGCUGGUUGAUCCUGAAAUGAGGCUGCAGCCCAGCGUAAGUAGGAAAAAGCACUCCCUAAAAACGUUUGUUUCGGAGCCUCAGGACCCAAACCACACUUUAUGAGUUGUGUUCCAUAAGCUUUGGUUAAGUCUGCGGUUUGGAACUCUUGACUCUUAUUUCGUAAUCUGUAAACUGGUUUGUUCCAGGACCAGGUAAAAAUAAAUAAAUAAUAAUUAAAAGCCUUUUCUGCCUGCAGUUGUAUGUUGAGUACAGUUACAGUAUUAAUAAUUUAUAGAACCUAACAACCUCCCAGAAGAAAAACGUUUUCUGAGUUCAACCUCGGGGUGCUGUGCUUGAGAAUCAGAGAGACCCUUCCUUCUUGCCCUGGCACCUGCUUCCACCUUCUUCCUGUCUGGCCGUCAGGGUGAGGGAGGGCCCCAGGGCCAGAGCCCCAUUGGAGAGACUUUGUUCAGCCUCGAUAACAGCGUGGCUUCCAGGAAGCUGUACAAAGGGGAACCAGGUUAUUGAACCUCUUUGAAUCUAGAGCCUUGUAGAAUUGUUCUGCAGAUUUGAGACCAUAAGUAGCAAAACAAAUGAGCUCCUCGGUAACCUCUACCAAAGUGGCUGUGAAUGGUGUCCAUUUGCAUUAUCAGCAGACUGGAGAGGGAGAGCAUGCAGUCCUGCUGCUUCCUGGAAUGUUGGGAAGUGGAAAGACUGAUUUUGGACCCCAGAUUAAGAACCUGAAUAAGAAGCUCUUCACGGUGGUUGCCUGGGAUCCUCGAGGAUAUGGACAUUCCAGACCCCCAGAUCGAGAUUUCCCAAUGGAUUUUUUGGAAAGGGAUGCAAAAGAUGCUGUUGAUUUGAUGAAGACGCUGAACUUUAAGAAAGUGUCUCUGCUGGGGUGGAGUGAUGGUGGAAUUACAGCACUCAUUGCAGCUGCAAAAUACCCAUUGUACAUCAACAAGAUGGUGAUCUGGGGAGCUAAUGCCUACGUGACUGAUGAAGAUGAGAAGAUUUAUCAAGGUAUCCGAGAUGUUUCUAAAUGGAGUGAGAAAACAAGAAAACCUCUCGAAACCUUAUAUGGCUAUGACUACUUUGCCAAGACCUGUGAGAAGUGGGUGGAUGGCAUGCAACAAUUUAAACAUCUUCCAGAUGGGAAUAUCUGCAGGCACCUGCUGCCCCUGGUUCAGUGCCCCACCUUAAUCGUGCACGGGGAGAAGGAUCCUCUGGUCCCCCGUCCCCACGUCGACUUCAUACACAAACACGUGAAAGGGUCGCGGUUGCAUCUGAUGCCAGAAGGCAAGCACAACCUCCAUCUGCGCUUUGCAGAUGAAUUCAAUAAGUUAGUAGAAGACUUCCUACAGUAAAAAUGCCCGAGAACCGCAGGAACCUGAUGAUGCCUUACUGUGGAAUCACCUGUUGGUGAGCCUCUUGCUGUCAUUCCUCAGCUCACCUGCUUUCCCAUACUUUCUACUCCUCCCUGCAAACUGCUCCCAAAUAGAAAUAAUGACAUUAAAACAUCCUCUAGGGGUACCUGGUGGCUCAGUGA